AUGAAUUUACCUAUACAAUCUAUCGAUGAGCCAGGCAUGAAAGUUCCGGGCGACAUAGCUGCCAAACUGCGCCAGGAAGUAGCCAGCAUUCUUCAUCGCAACUCGACCGCGUUUCCCGGCGCGCAACCCGUGAGCUUUACGAGAAAACACCUAGAUGAGCUAAUGAGAGAAGAUUAUUAUGUAUGCGAGAAAUCAGAUGGCAUUCGAUAUCUACUAUACCUAGCCGCCGACGAAAACGGCCAAGAGAGUCAUUACUUGAUCGAUCGUAAAAAUGAUUAUUGGUAUAUUAAAGAUGGUUCACUACACUUUCCCCUCCCAGGGAACCAUCAAGCCUUCCAUAGGGGAACUGUUCUAGAUGGAGAACUAGUUCUAGACACCCUAAGCGAUGGGCGCCAGGAGCCUCGAUACCUAGUUUUCGACUGUCUCGCAUUAGACGGUCAAUCGUUGAUGUCGCGAGAGCUCUCAAAGCGGUUGGGCUACUUUCAGGAACAAGUCUUUAAACCAUAUAAGAAACUACUCGAUGACUUCCCCGAGGAGAGACAAUACCAGCCUUUCUUCAUUGAUCUAAAGUCUAUGCAAAUGGCAUACGGUAUUCGCAUGAUUUUCGAGGAUGUAAUUAAGAAUCUGAAGCAUGAAAACGACGGCUUAAUAUUUACGGCUCUACAUAGCGAGUACAAACCCGGUACCGAUCCACACAUUUUAAAGUGGAAGGAUGCCGAUGAGAAUACCGUUGAUUUCCGGUGGAAGCUGAGGUUCCCCUUAGUUGAGCCGGACGAGCAAGAGCGAGCCGAGGGCAUUACAGAGCCCUUCGUCGACUACGAUAGUACACCUGCGGUAGACCUACUGGCAAAUCACGGUAGUAAUCAAUAUCAUAUAUUUGAUACGCUACACCUAGAAGAUGACGAGUGGGAGAUCCUAAAAGGACUGAAUGAAGCUUUGGACGAGCGAGUAGUAGAAGUAUAUAUGGAUAGCCAAAAAAGAUGGCGUUUCUACCGGUUCCGGGACGACAAAUCAGAUGGGAAUCACAUCUCCGUCGUUAAUAGCGUUAUGGAGAGUAUCCAGGACGGUGUAACUCGCGAGGAGCUUCUAAAUCACAGCAAGAGUGUGCGGGACAACUGGAAAGCUCGGGAGAAGGUUCGAAAAUGA